UCUGCCCCUACUUUCUUGUUUUUCAGUUUUUUUUUUUUUCUUUCUCUGGUCUUCGAUACUAUUCUUUUUAAAAACUCUGCAUUCUGUGGUUUUUUGUUCGCUUUGUUUUUUUUCUCUCAAAAGCAUCGCCAAUUGGUUGAUUUUCUUUUAUAAGAAAUGACGGGAGCUAGAAGCAAGGCUGCCAAGAAGAACACGGGCGAAGCCUUGAAGCCUGCUGAUGAUAGAAAGAUUGGGAAACGAAAGGCAGCCGUGGAUAAAAGUACCAUACGAAGAGCCAAGAAGGAAAAAAGGGCUAAGAAAGAUCCAAACAAACCAAAGAGGCCUCCUAGUGCGUUCUUUGUGUUUCUUGAGGAAUUUAGGGGUACUUUCAAGAAGGAAAAUCCUAAUGUGAAGGCUGUAUCAGCUGUUGGUAAAGCUGCUGGAGAGAUGUGGAAAUCCAUGUCUGAGGAAGAAAAAGCCCCUUAUGAGGUCAAAUCUGGAGAAAGGAAGGUUGAGUAUGAAAAACAAAUGAAAGCCUACAACAAAAAACAGGAAAGUUCUGCUAAUGGCACCGGAGAUGAUCACCAGGGCGAGGAGGAUGAAGAGGAUGAGGCUAGUGAAGAGAAAGGACAACAUCUGAAACACGAGGACGAUGAUGAGGAAGAAGAAGACGAUGAAGAAGAAGAGGAGGAUUGAAAGUGAAUGGAGGAUUUGGAUAUAAAAUAGUUUUUAACAGUGCAGAAAGAUGUUAGGUUUUGUUUGGUCAUGCAUAUAGGUGAAAUAUAUUACCUCUCUCAAAUAUCUAUAGUAUAGUGAUGCUUUAAACUAUCUUUAUUGCUUUGAUCCAGUUUAUAUUUCUAACAUUAAGCUACAUGUUUUAGUUAAAUACUAACAUAAUUUGUUUA